CCAAGUAACAAAUGGCCAACUUUACUUGAAAAAAGAAAGAAUCAAAGAGAGACCUUUCCUAUUUAAACAUUUAUUAGGAAUGAUAAUUCCUCCUAGCAUCCCCACAUUAAGGCUUCAAGAGAAUCGAUCGCCGUGAUCUUCAAAUGAAUACGCACACAAGAAAGGAGACAGAGGCUACCAAUACACAAGGUGUACCGGAAAAAAGGGUAGAAACAGUAGAUUAUAAGUCAUCCCCAGGGCAAGGCCAAGAGAUGAGGAGGGUGGUGGUGAUUCACCAGUCCAAUCACCAUGACAAUUCAACCACAAGUGGUGGCAUCUUGGCCGGUGCUGCAGCUUCUGUAGCAUCCACCCUGGAGUUUGCCAAGGAUGUUAUCUCUGGAAAAUGACAGCAAAGAGCAGAAAUGAUUGCAUGAGAACCGAACCUCUUCAAGGUUCUGUUUAUUAUUAUUCUACAACUUCGACUUCAGCACUAUUUGUGUAUUGAUCAAUCCCCUAAUAAAUUUUGUUCUAUAAGCGGGUGUUUCUUGGCGAAAACUAUAUGAAAUCAUUAAUCAAGCAGUCAUUAUUUUCA